AUGUCAUCUACAAAGAGCAGCAACGAAGGCAAAGGAAGAAAAAGACAAAGGGUAGAGUCGCGAAAGACAUCGGAGAAAACUACUGUUCUCACAGAAACACGAAAAUCGGCAAAGAAACCAUCGAGUGUUGUGAGUUCAGAACAUCGAAAGUCUCAAGAGGCAUCAGAAUCGAAGAAAUCAUCGGGUAAAGGAAUCGAUACUGCAGAAUCACGAAAAUCUACGGGAAAAAGUGAAACUUCAGAAUCGCGUAAAUCAGCAGGAAAGUCUAAUGAAUCCCACAAUUCAAGAAAGUCUGUGAAAACGAGCGAAAUUCUUGAACCAGAUCCGCCAGCAAAGAGUACUAAUGACUUACCUAGAUCUAGUACUUCAAAGCCUAAACGAGAAGUAGAAAAAAUAUUUGGAAUUACAGAUCAAAGAGGUCAGUUAGAGUUUAGCAUCAAAUUUAAGAAAGAAGACACUGUGGAACUGAUUCCAACAAAAAUAGCAAAUGUUGAAUAUCCCCAGGAAGUUAUAAAGUUUUAUCAAGAGCGAUUGGUGUGGAAGCCCAAUGGAAUUAAGUGUUGA